AUGCCCAAUCCUGCAGAGCCUAAUAUCUCCAAUUGGUUGAUUCAAAAUCCCCAGAGGUUAAAUUUGGCAAAGAUCGGUCUUUCCUUUUUUGACGACGGUGUCACAGAAGAGCACCUUUCCCACAAGUCUCAAUAUCUCGAUUUAUGGGAAGGGACCAUAUUGUCAAGGUUCCGCUACAAUAAAUCUGAUGUGUCAGUUCAAGUCUGGUGUCAUCCUGACCAAGCUGUUAUUGGAAUAGAGAUCAAAUCAGACCUGAUAUCUUCUGGGGAACUGGGGGUCUUCUUAGACUUUCCUUAUUCUGAUACUAACAAGUUCGAUGCUCCUUACGUCGGUGUGUGGAACGAUACCUCAAAUCACGAGGUGACCAUAGACACUGCUCAGAAUACUGCCUCAUUCAAGCAUACAAUCGACAGAAAUGUUAAUCGGGUGAAGACCACCUGGAACACAGCAGGAUCUUUCUCAGCGCCAUUGAAGGGAUCGAACAAGUUUGUUCUUCGGCCUAGCGGGACCAAUACUCUGCACUUCGUUGCGGAUUUCUCACUUACUGACAAUACACGCAAAACUCUGCCGAAAUAUCAGACUAUUGUUGCUGCAUCAAAGAAAUGGUGGGCAGAUUAUUGGAUAUCCGGCGCAUUUAUAGAUCUCUCCGAGACACAAAAGGCGAGUGCUAGAGAGCUACAGAGACGGAUCAUUCUUUCACAGUAUCUGGUGGCUGUCAACGAGGCGUCAUAUCAUCCCCCGCAGGGACUCGUCAACAAUGGAUGGUAUGGAAAAUUCCAUCUUGAGAUGUUUCUCUGGCACUCCUUGCAGUUCGCACGAUGGGGCCACCUAGAUUUGCUUUCACGAAGUGCCCCUAGCACCUAUCAGCAAUUCCUUCAAUCUAGCAUUGACCGAGCUUCCGCACAGGGAUAUGAGGGUGCACGGUGGGGGAAAAUGACAGAUGAUACGGGUCGCAGUGCCCCUGGCGAAAUAAAUGCUCUCCUUAUUUGGCAGCAACCGCAUGUAAUGCAUUUUGCGGAAUACUUCUACAGGGAAUCACCUCAUAGGAAAACACUCGAAGAUUGGGAUGAAGUCAUUACCGCUUCUGCAGACUUUAUGGCAUCCUACGCUUGGUGGAACGAGACGACGAAGGUAUACGAUUUGGGACCUCCCAUGUAUCCUGUCAGUGAAAAUACGAACCCCAACGCGACGCUCAAUCCGGCAUUCGAACUAGCAUACUGGCGGUUUGGUCUAGAGAUUGCCUGUAAGUGGAAAGAGCGUCAAGGUCUCUCGGCUCCCAAAGGAUGGUCUACAGUGAGGGAUAACCUGGCGCCGCUACCUAUUAUUGAUGGUGCAUAUGCCGUCUACGAAGGAAUCCCUGAUAUGUGGAAAAAUGGAAGCACAACAUUGCAGGAUCACCCCGCCAUGGCCGGUAUCUAUGGCCUUCUUCCACCUCCCUCGGAUGACGCUUUGUUUAACUUGACGAUCAUGCAACAUACUGCCGAACUCAUCAAGGAUAAGUGGGAUCUAGAUGACUCCUAUGGUUGGGACUUUAGUAUGCUGGCAAUGAAUAGUCUACGUUUGGGUGACGUGGAUCAAGCCAUAGCAUAUCUCUUGGAUCCUCUAUUCGCCUUUGACGACGCAGGAUAUCCCGAAGGAGGAAGUCGAGUCCCAACUCCAUACAUGCCCAAUGCUGGGGGCUUGUUGCUCGCUGCUGCCAUGAUGGCCGGUGGUUGGGAUGGAGACGAGGGUCCACACUUCCCUUCGGACUGGACUGUAAAAGUUGAGGGCUUUACACCUAGCGUAUGA